AAGAAAUCCACUUUGUGCUGGGCAAAGUGGCACUUGCUCAGCUUGGCAUAAAAGCCAUGUCUGCGCAAGCGGUCAAGGACGUCACGGAGGUGUCUGAGGUGCUCCUCAAGGGUACGACUGUAGACCAGGAUAUUGUCGACGUAGACGAGAACGUACUGCUCCAGGAUGUCCCUGAAGAUGUCGUUCAUCGCCCUUUGGAAGGUAGCGGCGACGCGGAUCUGAUGGUAACCGCUACGAAGAUCAAUCUUCGUAAAGAAGGGGUUGCCUGCGAGGCGGUCGAACAGCUCAUCGGAACGAGGCAUGGGGUAGUUGUUCUUAACCGUGUGGCGGUUGAGAUCACGGUAGUCGAUGCAGAGACGAAGKGUUCCAUCCGCUUUGCGAGCAAAGAGGACGGGUGCACCCCACGGGGAGUUGCUGGGUUUAAUGAAACCCAGUCUCAUGAGCUCCUCAAGCAGACGCUUGAGUUCGGUGGCCUCGGGGAUCGAGAGUCUGUAGGGUGCCUGGUGGUGAACACAGUAAUCAGGCACAAGCUGGAUCGAGUGUCGACAUCGCGCAUCGGUGGGAUGCCGUUGUACGAGAAUGACGAUGGAAAAACGCCGUGGUACUCUCGAAUGAGGUCACGGACUGCGGGCUCCAGGUCAGCCAUAUAUCGUGCGAGUUCCUCAACGUCAGCAUCAGCGCUCGACGGCGGGGUGGACUCGACGGACGGCGGAGGGAUGGAAGUAGAGAUGGGAGCCAUGGCGAUGGAAGGAGGAUUUGGCUCCAGAGGGAUGAGCUCGGCGUCGGGACAGGGUAGAUCAUAGUGUAAGAGAUCCGUCACAUUCACCAGAAAGAAGGUGACGUCAUCCUGUCGGAUGAAGUAGGCAAACUCUGGAGGCGCAGAAGGCUCUGGGGGAGGAGGAUCGGGGCAUGAUGUCGCAGUGGUACCUAUGAAAGGUACGCGAUACGUCUGUCCACACUUCGUUUUGAGAACGAGAGUGUUGGUCGCCCAAUCGGCCUCGGUGCUGGGGAACCGACGAGACCACGGAGUGCCAAGAAUGAAGUCGUACCCCGUCU